UUGAAACCGCAAAACGGAUGUAGACCUUUCAUCGCACAGACGUCGCCAGCUGCGAGCAGCACAGCGAAAUCGGCAUGCAGCCGCUCACCGACACCAACAAUCUUCAUCAUAAAUUCGUCUGAUUUUGCUCAUCAAGGGUUGAACAAAAGUUCACCUGAUCGUUAUUCUUUCAUGGGAAAUCAACAAACCGGUUCACAUCGAUCACUUCAAGAAAGCAUGCGACAACGUCCGUUGACAAUGGAGGACGAAACACAGAAGGUGACUGUGAUUCUCAGCAACUAUCAAAAGACUUUGCUCAGGGAUUCAUGGUUGCGUAUCAACAAAACCGGCAUUCGCAACAUAGGAACGAUGAUAUUUCGGCGCUUAUUAACGAAACAACGCAGCAUCAAGCAACUUUUUCAGCACAUCACGGUGUUGGAAGGGGUUUUCAGCGCCGGAUUAACUCCGAUUCAGGCUUAUCAGCAUCACAGUCUGCUGUUUGUUGAGCUUAUAGAUAAUGCGAUCAAGAAUAUUGAUGAUCUGAGUGUACUGAUUCCAACGUGGAUCGAACACGGCGCGAAACAUGCCCGCUUCAAAGCGUACGGAUUCGAAAUAGAGUACUGGGACAUGUUCGGUUCGACAAUGACCGAAGCAGCGCGAGAAUGGGAAGGUUGGAGACGUCACAGAGAAACGAUACGUAGCUGGACGCUACUCAUUUCAUUCAUUGUCGACCGGCUGCGCCAGGGUUACGAGAUGGAAAUGCAUGUAUUAAUAAAACGUGCAACUGCACACAAAUUUACUUUAUCGUUCUCCAUAUGUUUUCGGAAAAAUUCAGCUAAGUGCUGCUUCAAAUUAUUGUAUCCUGAAAUAAUCCAGAUUCAUCACCACAACACUAUUACAUUAAUGGCUGUCAGUCCGCAUAAUAGUCCUUUUAAAUGCUGA